AUGGAGCGCUACUCAGUUGGAACUCUCCGAAAACUUGAUGGGAAUAAAGGAAUGGAGCGUGGGAUACAAACUGAGGCCCAUUACCUGGUCAAGUUCUUCAAGGACGAAAAUGGAAGAGCUGUCAACCCUUCCUUUCCCAUUGUUCAUGCUGUCUCUAAUGUGAUCUGUGCUGUGGUUUUUGGACAUCUAGAGAAUGAAACCUUUUGCCAGUUGAUUGAAGCAUACAAUUGUAUAGUGGCUUUUGGGAACAGCUACCUUUACUAUGUGUGUGAAAUUUUCCCAUGGGCUGCAGAGAGACUCCCAGGACUUUUGAAGAAAGCAUCAUCUUGCUGUGAUUUUGUUCAUUCUUUCAUAAGGAAGGAAAUAAAAAAGCACAGGGAAAGAGGCAUAAUAGAUAAACCGGAAGAUUUCAUUGACUUUUACCUGGAUCAGAUAGAGAAGACUAAAAAUACUCCCAAAUCUACAUUUGAUGAAGACAACAUUGUGCAGUCUGUUUUUGACCUUUUCCUGGGUGGCUCAGAGACCACUGCCACCACUCUGUGUUGGGCUCUGCUCUACACAGUGGCUUACCCUGACGUCCAAGAGCAAGUCCAGAAGGAGCUUGAUGUUCUGAGUUGUUCCCAUUUAAUUUGCUAUGAAGACAGAAAAAAGUUGCCCUAUAAAAAUGCUGUAAUUCAUGAGAUCCAGCGAUACAGUAAUAUACUCCUAGUUGCACUACCCAGACAGAGUGUGAAGGACACAGAACUGCUGAGAUUUCCUAUUCCCAAGGUAAAAAUACGCUGCAUAUUUGAAUACGUGGUACACUUGCAGCAGUUUUUUAAACUGAUUUAACAUAACUUCUAAAUGACUGAAGCCACCCCAGCUGGCGAUUCAAAAAUGCUGUCCUUUUUCACUUUGUUUUGAUUUAACUGCUCAUUUAGUUGAAAUGUGAGUUACCUUUGUAUGCCUUAAAAUUUUUGCUUUCCUCUUUAUUUGGUUAAUCACUACCCUAAAAGAUGCUUUUCAGACAGUUGCAUCCUGGGAAUUGUAUGUACAAAGAGUUAAGCUUUUGUUCUUGUUUUCUGUUUGGAAAAUUUUGGUAAAUAUCUUCUGAUGCGUAACAAAUAAAGACAUUAAGUGAAGAAUUAGAAUUGGGCCUUAUUCAUUGCUAACUGGAAGGAGGAUUUACAGAGAUAGGACUUGGAGCAAAGUCUGUAGAUCAGAAGUCUCAUGAAUAAAGACCCAUGCAUUUUUUCUCAUAAGCCACAGUUGCGUUUGUGGAGAUAAGCUUAGAGGGCUUUCAUUCUGUCCCAGGAUACUUGUGGGUGCAGGAGUUAGAAGAAAGUUUUGGAGGAAGCUUUCUAGAGAGGCAGAUAAUACAAUCUAAAAUAACAUUCCCUUAGACUGAUCAGGUUUAUGGUUACGCAAGCUUGUUGCAUAAAAUCCUGCCAUUGACACCAGACUUUCACCCACCUGCGCAAUA